AAACCCAAAGGGCCACAAUCCGAUUUCUUUUUUGGUCGAGGAUAAAAAUCGAAACUUUCUUUCUCCAUAAACUUCUUUUCUUCGUCUUCAGUUUUUUUUUUCAAGCUGAGUUUGCUCUUACGCUUAGGACCUUUUGCAUAAUUACGAGGAAUGCUUCUCAGGCUCCGAAUCAGCAAACACGGAGUUCUCCAGACGGUCCGGUGGCCAUCUUGUGGGAUAUUGAAAAUUGCCCUGUUCCCAGUGAUGUCCGCCCUGAAGAUGUAGCUGGUAAUAUAAGAAUGGCUUUGCGUGUGCACCCUGUAAUAAAAGGAGCAGUUAUGAUGUUUUCUGCGUAUGGGGAUUUCAAUGCCUUUCCUAGACGACUGAGAGAAGGCUGUCAAAGAACUGGGGUCAAACUAAUUGACGUGCCAAAUGGUCGGAAGGAUGCUGCCGACAAGGCUAUACUAGUUGAUAUGUUUCUCUUUGCCCUAGAUAACCCUCCCCCAUCAUCCAUAAUGCUCAUAUCUGGAGAUGUCGAUUUUGCUCCAGCACUUCACAUUUUAGGUCAACGUGGUUAUAAUGUGAUACUUGUCAUCCCUUCUGGUGUGGGUGUUUCAUCUGCCCUCUGCAAUGCGGGGAAGUACGUUUGGGACUGGCCCACUGUGGCUCGUGGUGAAGGCUUUGCUCUUGCCCCCAAAGUGUUGACUUCCCGUGGAGGAGCACCUGAAAUUUCUGGAUAUCUCAAGGGAUGCCAUAUUAAUGAUGACCCGGAUGGCCAAAAUGAAGAGGAAGCUAUUGUUUAUAGAGGGGUGUCCCAAAGCUAUUUCAACGUGAGGGAUUUUUCAGUUGUAUCUCAUUCUCUAUCCGAAUACAAUAGUAAUUUGGCUGUUCCUAGCGUAACUUCAACUUUGAGGUCGCAGAGUCUCCCAUGUGGUUUGAACGAGGUUCCAACAGGUGUUGUUCCGUGUGGAGACCAAAAUGAGUCCACUUGGUGCCCACAGACAGGAGACCUCCAUGUUCUCAAGGGACAAAUGGUUAAGUUGCUAGAACUUUCUGGAGGAUGCUUACCCAUUACAAAGGUUCGUGCUGAGUACCAGAGAGUUUUUGGCAGGCCACUCUACACAUCCGAACCCGGUGUCAAGCUUGUGAAUCUUUUUAAGAAGAUGGGAGAUGUCCUCGUUGUAGAAGGCAAAGGCAACAAGAAAUCUGUCUACAUUCGUAACUCAAGAUCAUGCCCGAGUGCCCCACCUUUGAUAUUAUCAAGGAAAGAAAAUAAAAAAGGUAAAGGUACAUUGGAGGAAACUGCUGAAGUUGCUCCAGGCAUGGGCUCAUCAGACGAAUACUCGGAAGAAGAAAGGGUAGUUCAUGAAGAACACGAUGAGAAGAAAGGUGCAGGAAAAACCAACGAGACACCAGCAGAUCAAUGCAAAAACAACGAAGAACGCUGCAUCGAGCUGUUCAAACACGAGUUACAGGAGAUUCUUGUUAGCUAUUCAUGUAGAAUCUUCUUAGGAUGUUUCGAGGCAAUAUACUUACAGCGAUACAAGAAAAGCUUAAACUUCCAGAGCCUCGGUGUUCGAGGAUUGGAGGAGUUGUUUGACAAAGUAAACGACGUCGUGGUCUUGCAUGAAGAUCCAGCAAGCAAGCGAAAGUUCCUGGCUGCAAUUGGUGGCUAAAAUGGUGAUGUAAAAGAUCAGAUAGCUGCCUUUGUAACCAUUCUAUGUCAUUAACUUGUCAAAUACCCACCAAAGAAAUAAGGGAAAAGGAAAAAGAAGCCAAAGUUGUUGUGAAUGUUGCUGCCUUCCACUUAGUUUUAGAAAGUAGAGUAUGGCAGAGGGCUGGUCGCUGUUGUUUUUUCCUUCCUCCAGCAUUGUUCUUUGUCCUCUUUUUAACAUAUGGAAACUGUCAUUGUAAGUCUCUGUCUCUUUCUUUACCUGAUGGAGAUCUCUUGUCUUUGUUUGUAAAUUACUUUCCACUCAAGUUUUAUGAUCAAUAUAGCUUCUUUCUUUCUUUA